AUGGGCGUGGUUGGAAGGAUCACGCGUGCAGCAAGUAAAGUGAUUAGAAAUGGAGUAAAGAAAUUGAAGAAAGGAACGAGGUUUAUUAUCAAAGGAAGAAAGGGCGAUGUCGGUGAGUGCAUUUAUUCUGGAGAAUAUGAAGAAUGUGAGAGUAAGUGUGGGCAACAGGAGGUAAUUAAUGAUCGAGUGAUGCAUGAGGAUAUACCCGUGGAAUAUGAAAUCAUGAAUGCUAGAAGCUUUAGCAUGCCUGUUUUUAUAGAAAUGGGGCAAGAAGUUAAUAGCCUUGGAUUGAAAAGAAUAGGUGGAGAAGUGCUGUUUUUGUAUGAUAUUGAUGAUACGCUGUAUCAUAGAUCUAAUGGGCUUCAAGAGGAGGAAAGAAUGUUUUUGAAACAGAAGUAUGUUUCUUUGAAAGAAGGAGUAACGUAUGAUCUAUUUGAGAAGUAUAUGUCGAUGUCUUAUCUCUACUCGCAUAUGUUUAAUGAAUAUGGAGGCAUCUCUCUUGAAGAGUAUUGGAAAAUGCUUUCUGAGUUUGAUUAUUUACAGUAUGUUUCUCCUGAUCCAAGUUUGAGAAGUUUUUUGUUGUCUAUGAGCAAUGUGAGGAGAUGUUGCUUUACAAAUGGACCAAGAGAUAGGGCAGAGAACAUUCUUACGAAGAUGGGUCUUCUUGAUUGCUUUGAAGCUGUAAUAUGCAUAGGAAAGUAUGAUUCUACGUUCUGUUGUAAGCCAAAAUAUGUAUCUUAUGAGUUUGUCAUGCGUGUCCUAGGCAUUGAUAUGCCUGAGAAUAUUCAUUUUUUUGAUGAUUCUGAGAGCAAUGUGAAUAAAGCCAAGGAGAUGGGAUGGAACGCUUGGCACAUUAAUGGCGAGGAGCACAUCAUAGAUGUUUCUUUGAACGCCCUUCGGGCUGUUCAUACAAGCAAAAAUUCUCUUCUAGAUCCACAGAGCAUAGAGGACCUGUGCAGACUUUAUUCAUCAUCUUCAAUGCAUAAGUUUGAUAUUAGCUAA